GAUUCUAGAGAUGAAUGUGAAUAUAAUUUUUAGCUUUAAUUCUCUCUCUCACCAAUCAAGCACAAACGGCCAUGGCAUCCCUGCCACUGUCUCUCAAUCUCCCAAACUCUCUCUCCUCACCAUUCCCUCAUCACCAUGCAGGUGCAGGGUCGUCCUCCAACUCAACGCCACAUGCUCUUCAUUCACUCCUCACCACCACCCAACUGCACAGCCACUCGUUUUCUUCUCCUCUCUCUCGCUUCUCCAAGACUCCUUCUAACCCUACAAGGCCCACUUUCUCCUGCAAAUCCUACCGUUUCUUAGACGACUACGACGACGACGAAGAAGAUGAAUUAGAUGAUUGCAGCUUCGGCGAAGCCGUGGCACUGUUCAACAGAAGAGAGUACUUCAAGUGCCACGACUUCCUCGAGGCGCUAUGGAACAGAGCCGAAGAGCCGAGGAGGACUCUCAUCCACGGGAUUCUGCAAUGCGCUGUCGGGUUUCAUCACCUCUUCAGCCAGAACCAUAAAGGGGCCAUGAUGGAGUUGGGAGAGGGGCUUUGCAAGCUGAGGAAGAUGGACUUCGAAGAUGGUCCGUUUCAUCAGUUCGAGAGAGAGAUUUCUGCGGCUCUGGACUUCGUUUACCAAACUCAGAUUGAACUUGCAGCAUGUACUGAGGAACUGUGUAUUGCAAUGGAUAGAUCAGAGAGAUCCUACCAGCUUCUAGGGGGCUAUGGUGCUGGGCAGAACCUGUAUCGUUUAGAACUUGACCGUGACGCAAAGAUAUACAUUGUAUUCUGUCCGGAGAGAGACUACACAAAGGAUGUGUCACCACCUAGGAUUAAGCUUCCAACACUAAAUGCGUCCGAGGAACAUUUUCUCAAUUUCAGGUGAGUGCUCGUGACAUUGUGGGAGGAUAAGGAGACAAAACAAAGAGAUGACAAUUAAGAGUGGGCUUGGAACCGGCAAAAAGAGUUGGCCAUGUUCUAACUUUUUCCAUACAUCAUUGGCUACUGAUAGAUGCAUGCCAUUUAGGUUGGUCUGAAGUACAUCAUUGAGGUCUUUACAACUCAUUACACAUCAAAAUGCGUCUCUUCUGGGUCCAUCAAUCCUCUCAUUUGAACGGGAAGGGUAUAAGGGCUCCAUAAGGCUACUUUGUCGACAUUUCUUUGAUGAAAUCUAUCGAAUGGGAAUGUUGCUUUUAGA